UGGGCGGAGCUUUCUGGUGCCAUUCGACUCCGGGUUUGAUGCGGUGAUGAAGUCCUCGGUGACCAGCUUACUGUAGUCAGCCCUACGAGCUACUUUAGCGCACAACUUUUAAUAUCCGCUGUGCGUGCAGUCUCCUGACAUCUAUCCAGAGAACAAACUAGACAUUUCCCCUCAGUUUCAGUCUAAUUUUGCCCGUUAAUCCAGGCCAGGCUAGACGUGUCGCGCAGUAUCCCCACCACCUUUCGUGGAUUUUUUUUUCCCGCAGCCAAAUAUUCUGAUGCUUUAAGGUACAAAAAAAAAGGAAAACAAAACACACUUUGGCGGAUAUUUUGCCGAACAUGACAAGAAGAUGUGGAAGUAGGUAUGAACCGGCUGAUAAUGAGGAUUAUCUCUGCCACUAACAGAUAUGCAGUGAGGUGCCCUGGUUGCGGAUUCAGUCUGCUCGGUCAUCUAGCUGAGGGGGGGGAGAAUUUGGGAGAAGUCGUGUGGAGCACAAAGAGCUGGUUAAAGCCGAGGAUACAACAAGUUUCAAUCAUGUCCCCCCUGUGCUGACAGAGGACUGAGGUAGAAGUGGAGCUGCAGCACUGUGGCUUGUUUCUGACUGUUGUUUUCUGGCCAGACUUUCACCACAACACAAAGUUGGACAAUUCCGAGAAGUUUCCAGUCUGUCGUGAUAACACUUGUUAUUUAAGGAAGCUAAACGUGCUUUAUAUUCACUAUCGACUGAUAACCGCAUUAGCCGAAGUGUGGUUUUUCUACUGCAGUGUUUUGACCACAGUGUGCGGCUCUCUGAACUGAAGUCCACUUUAAAUGCGGAUUGGUCUGCGGUCAGUGAGUGCACAGCCGAGCUGCCAGUGCCGCUUGAUUUUUAAUUCAAGGCAAAACAGAAGUCGGUUCUUUUUUUACCAUUUAGUAACAGCACAAUGGAGCUGACAUACAGGAGCAUUGUCCUGCUGGGGUGCAUCUUCCUGGACUGGGUUCUUCUGGCUUCUGCAGAGGAAGAAGUUCUGAUGAACACUAAGACAGAGACGUCUGAUCUCAAAUGGACCAUCUUCACAAAUGCCAAACCCCAGUGGGAGGAAGUAAGCGGUUUAGAUGAGGAGAACAACAGCGUGAGGAUCUAUCAGAUCUGUCAGCUUGACAGUUCAUCCAGCCAUUGGCUGCGCAGUGGCUUCAUCCAGCGACGAGCAGCGUCUCAGGUUUACGUGGAACUGCGGUUCACCAUGAUGGAGUGUUCAUCCAGUAGCACCCACCACCGCAGCUGUAAGGAGACCUUUAAUCUCUACUACUACCAGGCAGACUCCAACGAGGCCACGUCCACUUACCCACCCUGGAUGGAGAACCCAUACAUCAAGGUGGACACAGUGGCUGCAGACUUUCUACUGAGGAAGGGCGGGGAGCGGAAAUUUAAUGUGAAGACCUUAAGACUCGGGCCUCUAUCUAAGAGAGGCUUCUACUUGGCCUUUCAGGCUCAGGGUGCCUGCAUGGCCCUGCUGUCCGUCAGGGUGUUCUUCAAGAAGUGUCCUCCCCUGGUCAGUGCUCUUUCCUCUUUCCCCGAGACUGUUCCCCAUACUCUGGUGCAAGAGGCGCAGGGUGUGUGUGUGGAGCACGCCGCCCAGCAGGGGCCCCGACCUCGCCCGCCUAAGCUCUUCUGUGGGGAAGAUGGCCAGUGGGUGGGCCAGCCAACAACCUCCUGCGCCUGCUUAUCAGGAUUUGAGCCCGCUGAAGGACACACGAGAUGCACAGCCUGUCCUGUGGGUCAGUUCAAGCCGGGCACAGAGGGACAGUGCACAGGCUGUCCAGGAUUUAGCUACACCACCAUCAGGGGGGCUUCAGUGUGUGCUUGUCGUUCUGGAUACUUACGUGCUGAAUCUGACGCUCCUGACACCCCAUGCACUAGACCUCCCUCGGCCCCGCGCAGCAUCGUCACCCAGAUCAACGACACCACGCUCAGUCUGGAGUGGAAUGAGCCUCUGGACAACGGCGGCAGAACAGACCUGAGCUACGCUGUCAGGUGCUCUGUGUGCAGGUCACCCAAGGGGCCGUGCCUCCCCUGCGGCGACAGCGUCACCUACCGGCCCGAGCAGCACGGCCUGCUGGGUCGCAGGCUGGAGGUGUGGGGUCUGCUGCCUCACACCACAUACGCCUUCAUUAUCCAGUCGCUCAACGGGGUGUCUCAGCUCAGCGGCAAGGACCCUGCCAGUGAAAGUGUCAACAUCACCACAAGCCAUGAUGUGCCAUCGCUGGUGUCUGUGAUUCAGAAGAGUGACUCCACAGAGAGUAGUCUGACUCUGCACUGGUCAGUCUCAGCUCAGCCACACUACACCAUCCUGCAGUACCAGCUACGUUACUGUGAGAAGGAGCGACGUAGUGAAGAUCAGUGCCACUACACAGAGAGUAACAGAAACCAGGCCGUGCUGACGGACCUCCGCAGGGCCACUCAGUAUGAAGUGCAGGUUCGGGCGCGCACCAUGGCAGGUUAUGGAAGCUUCAGUCCUGCGGCCAUCUUCCGCACCCUUCCUGAUGGACAAGACUCUGCUUCCCAGUUCUUGGUACCCGGCAUCCUUAUCGCUGUUGGGAUGCUGCUGCUUGUCACUUUUGUCUUUGUGGCCGCCUACUGCAUACGCAGGCACAGCCGAGUAAAGGAUCCAGAACUGAGCGACAAAAACAACCAGUACCUUGUUGGCCAAGGGGUCAAGGUUUAUAUCGACCCCUUCACCUAUGAGGACCCUAAUGAGGCAGUGCGAGAAUUUGCCAAGGAAAUUGAUGUUUCCUUUGUCAAGAUUGAGGAGGUUAUCGGUGCUGGAGAGUUUGGGGAGGUGUGUCGAGGACGGCUGAAGAUCCCAGGGAAAAAAGAAAACUACGUAGCAAUUAAGACACUAAAGGGAGGCUACACUGAUAAGCAGAGACGGGACUUCCUGUCUGAAGCGUCCAUCAUGGGCCAGUUCCAGCACCCCAACAUCAUCCACCUGGAGGGGAUCAUCACGGCCAGCUGUCCAGUCAUGAUCCUCACAGAGUUUAUGGAGAAUGGAGCUCUGGACUCUUUUCUACGGCUGAAUGACAGCCAGUUCACGCCCAUCCAGCUGGUGGGUAUGCUGCGUGGCAUCGCCUCCGGCAUGAAGUACCUGGCAGAGAUGAGCUACGUCCACCGAGAUCUGGCUGCCCGCAACAUCCUGAUCAACAGUAACCUGGUGUGCAAGGUGUCCGACUUCGGCUUGUCACGCUUCCUGCAGGAGAACUCCUCUGACCCGACCUACACCAGCUCUCUGGGAGGUAAGAUCCCAAUCCGCUGGACAGCACCGGAGGCGAUAGCCUUCAGAAAGUUUACCUCAGCCUCAGAUGUGUGGAGCUAUGGCAUUGUCAUGUGGGAGGUCAUGUCUUUUGGAGAGAGGCCGUACUGGGACAUGAGCAACCAGGAUGUAAUCAAUGCCAUAGAGCAGGACUACCGGCUGCCCCCGCCCCCUGACUGCCCCACCCACCUGCACCAGCUGAUGCUGGACUGCUGGCAGAAGGACCGCUCGGCGCGUCCUCGCUUCGCGGACCUCGUCAGUGCCCUGGACAAGCUGAUCCGCAACCCUGCAUCGCUGAAAAUAGUGGCUCAAGAAGGAGCAGGGCCGUCCUACCCCCUACUGGACCAGCGUGCACCUUUAGCCCUCUCAUCGUGUGCUUCUGUGGGGGAAUGGCUGAGGGCCAUCAAGAUGGAGCGCUACGAAGACAGCUUCCUGCAGGCCGACUUCAACUCAGUGGACCAGCUGGCCCAGAUCACCACACAGGAUCUGCUGCACAUGGGAGUGACUCUGGCCGGGCAUCAGAGGAAAAUCCUUUCCAGCAUCCAGACAAUAACCUUUCGGAACAAGAGCACUGCAACUGUGACCUUCUAGCUCACCUUUCUCCUAACCUGGACGUGAAUACCAGCACACAGGUGCAGCCAUGUACUGAGAGCACUCUGGGUCCUUUUCCUGUGACCCACUUUGAACAUGGCCUCCAAGAGAGAUUAGCAGAAUUUAUUAAUCGCCUAAAGAUAACUUUCCCAUCGGGAUGAGAGAGUCGUCCACAGACAAGCGAGUCCCUGUCACCCACAAUGACCAGGGGAUGAAGUUGACGCUGUGCAGACUGACUAAUUUUUACAGUUUGUGGUCAGUGUUUUUAUAUAUACCCGAAGUUAGGACCCAAUAAAUGUGCUAACCCAAGAGGAGAGACAGAUCAGAGUUUACAAAGUUUCUGUAGUAUCAUGUCAUUUUGAAAACUGGCAGUUGACUGGUUUGGUGUCCCAAUAAAAAGUAACUUCACCAAAGGAGACAAAAAGAAAUGCCAGUGCCAAUCCAAGGAUUUCAGUUUUCAUAUUGUUGUGUAAUUAUGAAUGAGAACUGCUUUCACCCUGGGUGUCUUCCAUUAAAUCCAUCUGGAUUACAUUACUACAAAGACACCUUUCACAUCAAGCCUGAACAUUUUAACUGUCAGAUUUUUCUUCUUUUUUUUCCCCCCAUUUGAUUUCAACGUUACCUCUUUACUCAGGUGUGAUGUGUAAUGCAGACUUUGGAGAGCGCUGUACUCGACCUAAUCAGACUUCUCUCAUCCUUCUCAGUCUGACUCUCCCCUCACCAGCUCUACAACAUGUGAGGAGAAGAGAGAGACGGAGACAUAUCAGCACUUUUUUCAUUUCAGAGUGAAUUGUAAUCUUCAGUAACUCCAUGUGUUUCUCUUGGAGUGUGGUUAGUUAUUUCUAAUACCUGUGUUUCUGCUGGCAGUUCAGUUUUAUUAUAGUCAGACUGAACAAGGACCAAGUGGACUCAGAGACCAGAGAACACUGUAUUGGUUUUCUUUGUAGAAAUUUACCAAGGAAGCUAUCUGGCCUCAAACUUGUUUUUCUUGAUAUACGUAACUGAUACGUAACUGAUUUCUAAUUCUCUUGUUCUGUAUUCUCCAUCUUCCAGUGCCAUUCAGUUGUCUUUGUGGACUUAAAUGCCAAUUUUAUAAAGCAGAAAUCUCUCAUGAGUGAUUCUUGUCUCAUUUAAAUGUACCUUAAAGGGCUACUUUGACAUUUUGCGGUUGAGUGUAUUAUUUUCCUUCAUCAGAUGCAGGUUAUGUAGUCGGCAAAUUAUUCCUGCUUUAGCCUCAAAGCUACACAAAAAUAGUUUCUUAACAUUUAGCAUUGAAAACAACACCGUUGAGUUACUGUUUGAUUAGCGCAGCAGCCCCCCUCAUGUUUUAAGUUUAGUAUAUUAUUUACCUUCAUCAGAUGCUGGUUGUGUGGUCGGUAAAAUGUUUCUGCUUUUGCCCCAAAGCUACACAAAAUGGUUUCUUAACAUUUAGCAUGGAAAACAAUACACAGCUACUAGCUAACAGGCUAGCUUGUAGCCAGUAGUAUCCAUUGGUUUCAGUGUGGAAUGCUAAUAAUACCAUUGAGGUGCUGUUUGAUUAGCAGAGUACCCCCCCACGCACACUAUAACAAGUGCUUGUUGAAGAAGAAUAACAGACUGGAGUUCAAAAUGUCAAAGUAUUGCUUGAAGACUUCAUCUCUUAAAGGAUAAUACCAGCCUUUUUGACAUUUAGGUCCUAUAUAAUUUUUCCCAAGUAGCUCACACAUCUGCAGUCUAUCAGGAAAAUAAAGCUUAAACAGCUUCUAAAACAUACUCAAACAUGUUGAAUACAAAAUGUAUAGUAUCGCUUUUUGUAAAUGGUUUUACCUUCGUGCCAAAGUACACUUUUAUGAAAGAAUGUCUUUAUGAUUUGGUGUUUUUAGUGUUUUUUAUUUUUCAAAUGGCAACUUGGAAUUUUUAUCUGCAUCACAAAAAAUUACCUUUCCUAAUAAGCAGUGGCGCAGAAUUUUGCUAAUAGUUCCUUGGAUGUUAACAUGGCAUUUCUAUCAUAUGUGAUAAUAAGUCUGGUUAAUGCACACCAAAAGUAAGGUGGACGAAUGGCCGCACAGUUCCAAUGGUUGUGCUAUCAUUUGAAAAAAAAACAAGGGUGGUCAAAACGUUGGUGAUACCAUAAAAGUAAUCCAUUUUCUUUAUUUUUCUAAAUUUAUGUUAAGCCUUAAUCAAAAACACUGGUAUUGUCAUGCACAAGUCUGAGAGAUUCAUUUAAGGAUAAUGGGAAAUGUGGUCUUCAUAUUGAAGAUCUCAAUAAAAUCAACUUUGAAAUAAUGAAUAGAUAAAGUAUGUUUUGAUUACUGUCCUGUGUGUAGGCUAAUCUGUAUUCAGUAUUCAUAAUAAAGAUACACACCAGUGUUUACCAUCAA